AUGAGCAGCGUGGCUUCGGUUAUUUUACCCUCACCUUCAUCCUCUGCUCCACCCGAAGCAUUUGCACAAAAUUCAAUGUAUGGUAAAGGAUUUUACGAACCGGGUCAAUAUCAAGUGGCAUUGAAACGAUGUGAAAAUGGACAUGAUUUAGCUUUGCAUCUAUGUGAGAUGUUUGAUGAACGCACACAGAUUGAAAUGGCCUAUAUAAAUUCAUUAAAAAAUUGGUCUAAAAAAUGGCAUGGAGAAUUAGUUAAAUCUCAAGAAUAUGGCACAAAUAAAAAAGUUUGGGAUCAGACAGUGGCUACAGGAGAAGUAAUGGCCGAUAUUCAUUCGACAUUAGCGUCGAAUCUAAGCGAUAGUAUCACUCCAAAACUACGUCAAUGGCGCAAAGACAAUUAUGAAAAAUCACUCAUUCACUACAAAAAAACUAAAGAAUUCGAAAAAGAUUUUGAUUCUGUACAAAAAACGUGGAUAAAAUUGUUAGAUAAAAUUCAGGAAUUAAAACAAUCAUAUUAUCAAUCAUGUAAAAUGUUAAAGCAUGCGGAAGCCAAUGAACGAAAUGCCUCGGAUGAUGAACAACGACGAAAAUUAUCAGAUAAAGUUGAUGUGGCCAAACGUGAAGUUGGUUUUACACGAACCAAAUAUCAACAAGCAUUAAAGGAUAUGUCUGAUCAACGACCACGUUAUGAACAACAAAUGUCGGAGGUAUUCCAACGCACACAACAAUUUGAAAAGAAACGUCUCGAUUUUUUUAAAGAAACGUUCGAUGAAUACGAAAAAGUAUUAGAUCUUAACAAUAAUCCAAUGUUGAAAAAAAUGCACGAUGAUUAUCAACAAGCCUUGCAAAUGCAUGAUUCACAACAAGAUAUUACAUGGUGGGAUCAAAAUUAUGGUACUCAAACAAAUUGUCGUUGGCCUGAAUUCGAAGAAUAUCCAGAAGAAAAAUAA